CUUCUUCUCACCCUAUACCCUAAAAUUGAGAGCAAAUAGCACUCUGAGCUCUACACAUCUCCUAUCUUCCCUCUCUUCCUCUAACUCCUCUCUCUCACUCGCUCGCUCGCUCGGUCACUCACUCGCACCAGCGUCGAUGGGUUCCACGGUGGCGGAUCCCAAUGUCCAUCAGGUUAACUUUCCUACCCCAAGAAGUUUUGGAGCAACCUUCAAAUCUCAUUGCAAAGAAACCUUCUUUCCUGAUGAUCCGUUUAGACAGUUUAGGAAUGAGAAAUCCUUUGAUAAAUUCAAAAAAGCAGUACAAUAUUUUGUUCCAAUUUAUGAAUGGCUACCAAAUUAUAAUCUUCGAACCUUCAAAUUCGACUUGCUUGCGGGUAUCACCAUUGCCUCCCUUGCCAUUCCUCAAGGGAUUAGUUAUGCUAAACUUGCUAAUCUUCCUCCUAUUAUUGGGCUAUACUCGAGUUUUAUUCCUCCUCUCGUUUACGCCAUUUUUGGGAACUCGAAGCAUAUAGCAGUCGGAACUGUGGCUGCUUGCUCGUUGCUUCUAGCCCAUACAAUUGGAGAAAAAGUAUCGCCAAAAGAUGAUCCGACAUUGUAUCUAUAUUUGGUCUUUACCGCCACUUUCUUCACCGGAAUUUUUCAAACUAUUCUGGGUCUUCUAAGGUUAGGGAUUCUGGUGGAUUUCUUAUCGCAUUCAACUAUUACUGGUUUCAUGGGAGGAACUGCAACUCUUAUAUGCCUUCAACAGCUUAAAGGCAUGUUGGGAUUGACACAUUUCACCACCAAAACUGAUGUGGUUUCUGUCUUGCACGCAGUUUUUCAGCACAGAGACGAGUGGAAGUGGCAAAGUGCAGUUGUGGGUGUUGUCUUCCUUAUUUUUCUACAGUCCGCUCGGUUAGUGAGGAAGAAAAGACCAAAUCUGUUUUGGGUGGCAGCAAUAGCUCCAAUGGUGGUUGUUAUAGUUGGCUGUCUUUUCGCCUAUUUUGCUCAUGCCGACAAACAUGGAAUUCAAAUUGUGGGUCACAUCGGUAAAGGACUAAAUCCCAUAUCCAUUAAGUAUUUGAACUUUAAAUCUGAAUAUCUAGGAGUGACUUUGAAGGCUGGCAUCAUCACAGGUCUCAUUGCUCUAGCUGAAGGGAUAGCAAUAGGAAGGAGCUUUGCAAUAAUGAAAAAUGAACAAGUUGAUGGGAAUAAAGAGAUGAUAGCUUUUGGUCUCAUGAAUCUUGUUGGCUCUUUCACUUCUUGCUACUUGACCACUGGACCUUUUUCGAAAACUGCAGUGAAUUUUAAUGCAGGGUGUAGGACAGCAAUGUCUAACAUUGUGAUGGCAAUUUGCAUGAUGCUUGUACUAUUAUUCUUGGCUCCUCUCUUUCGUUACACCCCUCUUGUUGCCCUAUCUGCCAUUAUCAUGUCUGCAAUGUUUGGACUUAUCGAUUACGAGGAGAUUUAUCACUUGUUCAAAGUUGACAAGUUCGAUUUUGUCAUUUGUAUGGCGGCCUUUUUUGGAGUUGCCUUCAUAAGCAUGGACUAUGGUCUAAUUAUGUCGGUUGGGCUUGCUUUGCUGAGGACACUUCUAUAUGCUGCUAGGCCUGCUACUUGUAGACUUGGAAAAAUUUCAGACUCAAAUUUAUAUCGUGACACAGAACAAUAUCCUGGGUUGACAAGGAUGCCGGGAGUUCUUGUCUUGCAACUUGGUUCCCCCAUCUACUUUUCCAAUUCCAAUUAUAUAAGAGAAAGAAUUUUUCGAUGGAUUCGUGAUGAAGAGGAUAUUGUUGAAUUGAAAGGAUCUAUAGUCGAACAUGUUUUGCUAGAUUUAUCGGGUGUCACAUCCAUCGAUACAACGGGUAUUGAAACGUUAAUUGAAAUUUGUAAAAUGUUAAAUGCAAAAGAAAUUAAGAUGGUGAUUAUAAAUCCUAGAUUGGAUGUUUUGGAGAAAAUGAUAAGGUCACACUUUGUAGAUAAGAUUGGCAAGGAAUCCAUAUUUUUGUCCAUUGAAGAUGCAGUUGAAGCAAGUUUAUUUUCACUUUCUAAAGAUAAGCAAUAUCAAGUAACAGGACAAUUGGAUUUCUUCUAGUGGAAUGCAAUUAAUGGCUGGAUUUAGUUGUGAUCAUAUCCAAAAUAAUAAUGUAUGAGGUUUCAAUGUGUAAAUUCUAUCAAUAUGGAUAUGAUCAAAUUGCAGAAUUAGGUCAUAUCCAAAAUAAUAAUAUUUGUGGCUCCAAUGUAUAAUUUGUAUGAACAGGGAUAUUAUCAAAUUGCAGAAUUAGAAGGUGCAUUUUUCGUACCAUACAGGUUUAAUCGUACGCAGGAGUAGAAUUGUUCGCAGGGUAUCAAAUUAUUAUCUUGUAUUUAUACGUAUAUAUACAUAUAUACGUGUGUAUGUGUGUAUAUGUAAAUGGAUGGAUGAAUGAAUGAA